UUGAAAUUGCGAGAACAGAACUUCGAGGAGUCGAUCAACGUGUAUCAAGAAACCGUGAAGUUGAUUGAGGAGCUGGAGUCGAAAAACAAUGGCUUUGGUGAGGUCGAAGAUGUGAGAAAGGCCAUUAGACUGCUUAAGAUAGAUAUUGAAAACAAAAUCACAGAGGUUAAGCAUUUGAGUAUGCGGACCAAAACGCCUGCUGUGAAAGCUGGAAACGCAGCUGCUGCGAAGCCCACUGUCUCGAAUGACUUGCAGGCGUUUCGAGCGAACAUCAUGAGUCUGGUGCGCUCGAAGACAGAUUUGAAGCCAGGGAUACCGCUUUAUGAUUUAGAAACUGCAAUUGCCAAAGAGGCUAAACGGUUGCAGCAGGGUCUGUCGUGGGUAGACCAGCAAAAAUUCGAAGAGUACGAAGCGAAAAUCGAACAAUUGUGCGGCGAAAACAAGCAGCUAACAAUGCAGAUUCACAGGUUGAAGGAACGCUGGGACAGCUUGGUCGAAAGUGCACGGCAGAAACGGAACCAGCAGCAUGAGUAG